CUAGGCACCCAGAAUCCCAGUGCAUACUUGCAUCAAGUAAAAGAAGUGCCGAUCUUGAUCAUUGUAAAGCAAGGACGAGUGUUAAUGAGUAAAGAAAGGCCAGAAAGGUCUUGCAUCACAAAGAUUCAUCAUGUACUUGUCAUGCUGGAAAAGUUGUCAUCGUUAUCUUCAUCAAAAAAAAAAGAGACUACAGAAAG